CUGGAUAGAUCCAUUAGGCACUAAAACAUAAAAUUUUUCAAAUGGAGGAUGAAAACGAAAAGAUUUACAAAUUGAGCGAGCCUUUUUUGUAUUUUAACAUUUUAAUCUUAAACCCUUAAAUUUUUUUCCCGAGGUUUUGAAGUUGAACAGAUUCCGCACUCAAAUUACAGCUUCUUCAUUAGUGUUAUUUUUUUUUUGUUAACCCCCACCCCCAAAAAAAAAAAAAAAUUCCAUUGUACUGCCGACGCUUCUUUCGAUUUGAAAACCAUCUAUUGAAGUUAAACAAAACGCCCCCAUUGUAAAAAAAAAGCUCAAAUCCAUUGAAGUUUCAGUGUUUCUUUUGAUUUGAAAACUAUCUUUUGAAGUUGAAGUACGCCCCCAUUGUAAAACCCAUUAUGGACGUCGACAUGGAAACGUCUCCCAGCUACUUUGACCCCCAAGAUCACUCCGCUAGGGAAAAGUUUCGUCGUUAUGGGAAAAGAUACUCAAAUUCUAGCAUAUCUCCACGGCAAGAAAGUGGCAUUUCGAAGUUCAACGAAGCUAAGUUGUUGUACGAGGGACAGAUUAUCCACAGCCCUACUAAUGCAGCACUUCUUCUUGAAAACAUCAAACAAGAGGCUGAGAGCUUUGAUACUGAUUAUUUUGAAGAAACACCUGCAAUGGAGCGGUUGGCUUCUAAGAGGAGGCCAUCAAGUGAUGGUCAUAGAACGGCAGAGAUUGAUAAUGGUGUUGAUUCAAUCCGCAGAUUAGGAAGUCAUGCACUAAAAGCUUCUAAGAUCGAGGAUGAUUUAUUGGCAGAUAAUGGAGACGCGACCUUCGCUUCGUUUGCAUCUCUACUUGAUUCUGCUUUUCAUGGCGUAAUGCCAAUUCCUGACCUGAUUUUACAAUUUGAGAGAAUAUGCCGGAAUGUUUCAGAGUCAAUUAGAUAUGAAUCCAACGUACGCCAUAGGGUUGUCGAGGAUAAAUUGAGGAGGCAGAAGGCUCAACUUCUGCUUGAUGAGGCUGCUACAUGGUCUCUCCUGUGGUAUCUUUAUGGAAAAGUGACUGAUGAACCUCCUGAAGAGCUCAUUCUGUCCCCUUCAACAUCACAUAUAGAGGCUUGCCAAUUUGUUGCGAAUGAUCACACAGCACAAUUAUGCCUCCGCAUUGUUCAAUGGCUAGAAGAAUUGGCUUCUAAAGCGCUAGAUCUGGAGAACAAGGUGCGAGGAUCUCAUGUUGGUACCUAUCUUCCCAACUCUGGAAUUUGGUACCAUACUCAGAGGUUUCUCAAAAAGGGUGCCUCUGCUGCUAACACUAUUCACCACUUAGAUUUUGAUGCUCCAACACGGGAACAUGCCCAUCAGCUGCCUGACGAUAAAAAACAAGAUGAGUCUCUACUUGAGGAUGUCUGGACUCUGUUAAGGGCUGGAAGACUGGAAGAGGCAUGUGAGCUUUGCCGGUCUGCUGGACAGCCAUGGAGAUCUGCAACUAUUUGCCCAUUCGGAGGGUUAGACCUAUUUCCUUCUACUGAAGCCCUAAUGAAGAAUGGAAAAAAUAGAAGCCUGCAAGCUAUUGAACUUGAGAGUGGCAUUGGUCAUCAGUGGCGCCUUUGGAAAUGGGCUUCCUAUUGUGCAUCAGAGAGGAUUUUUGAGCAAAAUGGUGGGAAAUAUGAAAUAGCUGUAUAUGCUGCCCAAUGUAGCAAUUUAAAGCGCAUGCUUCCGAUCUGUACGGACUGGGAGACUGCCUGUUGGGCAAUGGCCAAAUCAUGGCUUGAAAUUCAGGUAGAUCUAGAAUUAGCUCGUUCACAACCUGGCAGGAUGGAACAAUUAAAAAGCUAUGGAGAUGGUAUUGAUGGAAGUCCAGGAGGAAUUGAUGGUACCUCGCAGCCUUCACCUGGACCUGAAAGUUGGCCAUUGCAAGUUUUGAACCAGCAACCACGAGACCUUUCCGCUCUUCUUCAGAAACUUCAUUCAGGUGAAAUGGUGCAUGAAGCAGUAACUCGGGGAUGCAAGGAACAGCAACGUCAAAUUGAGAUGAAUCUAAUGUUAGGGAAUAUACCACUUCUCCUUGAGCUUAUAUGGUCGUGGAUAGCACCUUCAGAAGAUGAUCAAAACAUCUCCAGGCCUCGUGAUCCUCAGAUGAUUCGGUUCGGUGCGCAUGUAGUGCUUGUUCUUAGAUAUCUACUUGCUGAAGAAAUUAAAGAUACCUUCAGGGAAAAGCUUAUGACUGUUGGUGAUCGUAUUCUUCACAUGUAUUCAUUGUUUCUAUUUUCAAAGCAUCAUGAAGAAUUGGUUGGCAUUUAUGCUUCUCAGCUUGCAAGUCAUCGUUGCAUUGACCUCUUUGUGCACAUGAUGGAGCUUAGGCUUAAUAGCAGUGUACAUGUCAAAUAUAAAAUCUUCCUUUCUGCCAUGGAGUAUUUACCAUUUUCUCAAGGGGAUGAUUCGAAAGGAAGCUUUGAAGAAAUUAUUGAGAGGCUUUUGUCACGAUCACGAGAAACCAAAGCUGGAAAAUUUGAUGAAACAUCUGACGUUGUGGAGCAACAUAGGCUUCAGAGUCUUCAAAAAGCUUUGGUUGUCCAAUGGCUCUGCUUCACACCUCCCUCCACAAUUACCGAUGUUAAAGAUAUUAGUGCCAAACUUCUUAUGCGAGCAUUAAUACACAGCAAUAUAUUAUUUAGGGAGUUUGCUCUGAUUUCUAUGUGGAGAGUCCCAGCAAUGCCAAUAGGUGCACAUGAAUUGCUUAGUUUUCUUGCUGAGCCUUUGAAGCAGCUUUCUGAAACUCCUGAUACUUUUGAGGAUUUUGUUUCUGAGAAUCUGAAAGAGUUUCAAGACUGGAGUGAAUACUACUCCUGUGAUGCAACGUAUCGCAACUGGCUCAAAAUUGAAUUAGCGAAUGCAGAAGUUUCUCCCGACGAACUUUCGGUAGAGGAAAAACAAAGAGCAAUAAUGGCAGCCAAAGAGACGUUGGAUUUAUCUUUUUUAUUGCUACUGAGGGAAAGAAACCCAUGGCUUAUUUCUUGGGUGGAACAUAUUAGUGAAUCGAUGGAACCUCUAUUUCUUGAAUUGCAUUCUACUGCAAUGCUCCGCCUGCCUUCUGGUGAAUCCAUGUGUCCAGACGCUACUGUUUGUGCUGCAUUAAUGAGUGCACUUUACUCUUCUGCAACUGAGGAAGUUGUCUCAGAAAGACAGUUAACAGUAAAUGUUGCCAUUUCUUCAAAAGACAGCUACAGCAUUGAGGUAAUGUUGCGCUGCUUGGCAGUGGAGGGUGAUGGAAUUGGUCCACACAUCCUCAAUGAUGGUGGCCUUCUCAGUGCUGUUAUGGCAGCUGGCUUCAAAGGUGAGCUUGCGAGAUUUCAAGCAGGAGUUACAUUGGAGAUAUCCCGAUUAGAUGCUUGGUUUUCAAGCAAAGAUGGUUCCUUGGAAGGGCCUGCAACGUAUAUUGUGCAGGGCCUCUGUCGUAGGUGUUGUAUUCCAGAAGUCAUUCUCCGAUGCAUGCAGGUUUCUGUUUCACUCAUGGAGUCAGGUAAUCCUUUUGAAAGCCAUGACCAGUUGAUUGAGCUAGUCUCGAGUUCGGAGACAGGGUUCAUCAAUCUCUUCAGUCAGCAACAAUUGCAGGAAUUUUUAUUGUUCGAGAGGGAGUAUUCCAUAUGCAAAAUGGAGCUUCAAGAGGAGCCUUCCUCGUGAUUUUAGCCAGCUGGGGAUGAAAUUCAGGUUAUAUGUCAUUGUACUUUAUGCGGCAUCUCCCUCCCAUCCUUCACCACAGUUUUUACUUGUUAAGGGGAAAAACAGAAUUAAAUGUUGUAAAUUAGAUUAACAUGAAAUGGUAUUUUGCCUGGAUUAGCUGGAUCUUCAUUACUUGAUAAUUUGAGGUUCUAAACACACUUAAACUUGAUUUUUUUUUCCCUGUAUUUGAGAAAUCUUUGAAUAUCAUCGUACCAAUGUCUGGAUAUGCAAUGAAGAGUCGACAUAACGAGUAUGUAUCAUGACUUGGAUCUUUAACAAAAUUUAAAGUUGCAAGUAGAGAAAAA